AUGAUGUUCCGUAUCCUCCUUGCCUUCUGUCUCUUCUCAACUGCUGCCUCUGUCACCUUGGUCAUCUGCCAGCAGUACUGUUCUUCUGUCCAAGGAGCAGCUUCUUAUGACAACUGUGCUCCAUGGAACAGCUAUGCCCUUGCCACCAACCAAACCUGCUACAACCUUUGUGUUCAUAACUGUGCUGCUGUCUACGAUGGAUCGUGUAUGACUGGAAACGGAUUCAGAUGUUGUUUGAAAACCACUCCAACCAAGACUCAAGAAUUCGUCACCAGUGGAUGCAACAAGCUCUACAAUAAUCUUCCAGGAAUGUGA